UUCCUUCCUUUCUGUGUCCAGACUGGCAGGAGAAAUUCCAUCUGGGGGGAGGCAAACCCUAACCCUUUGCUCUUCUCUGCAAUGGGAAGUGAUUUCAAACCGAACACCUGAGCGCCAGCCAAUCAGGGAGGGCCAUCUCUAGUUGCCAAGGCAACCUUCCUUCCUUUAAUGCCUAGCCCAUGCGGUGACACCUUGGAUUGUGCUGGGUGCCGCUUGCCUGCCUGACCGUCUCCCACAGCCUACCUCCAACCCCGGCGGUAUUCUUCAUCUCCCGGCAGCACCAGCCGUUGGCAGGCAUCCCCCAUGAUCUAGCAUCAUCCAUCCCCAACAGCAUCCAGGCCUUUGCUGUCUCGCCCCCCCCCCCCGAUGGGACAGCUGCCAACAUGAGCACCGAUGCCAGCCACCUGCCUGCGGGAUCCCAGGAGGCGAGCGGGGCUCUGUGGACUCCAUCCAGCUGGAUAGCUUCCGACGUCCCUCCCAACGCCAGCACCUCCUUGGCCCAGCCGGAUCAGUGGCAAAGGGCGGAGGAGUGGGGUGGCACUACCGGAGAGAUUGCGGGCACGGUCGCGAUCCAGUGUAUCUACGCCCUGGUGUGCCUGCUGGGGCUUCUCGGCAACUCCCUGGUGAUCUUUGUCAUCCUGCGCUACGCCAAGAUGAAGACGGCCACCAACAUUUACCUGCUCAACCUGGCCAUCGCCGACGAGCUCCUCAUGCUUAGCAUCCCCUUCGUGGCGACUUCGGCUGCGCUGCACCACUGGCCCUUCGGCCGGGCCCUGUGCCGCACCGUGCUGGGCGUGGACGGGCUCAACAUGUUCACCAGCGUCUUCUGCCUGACCGUGCUCAGCCUGGACCGCUACAUCGCUGUGGUGCACCCACUGCGGGCAGCCACCUACCGCCGGCCCAGGGUGGCCAAGAUGGUCAACGGAGGGGUCUGGCUGCUCUCGCUUCUGGUGGCCUCGCCCAUCCCCAUCUUCGCCGGCACAGCGGCCACGCACGACGGCCGAGCGGUGGCCUGCAACCUGCUGUGGCCUAGUCCGGCCUGGUCAGCUGCCUUUGUGGUCUACACGACCUUGCUGGGCUUCCUGCUGCCGGUGCUGGCCAUGGGCUUCUGCUACCUGCUGAUUGUGGGCAAGAUGCGGGCGGUGGCUCAGCGGGUGGGCUGGCAGCAGCGGCGGCGCUCGGAGGGGAAGCUGACCCGGCUGGUGUUGAUCGUGGUGGCCAUGUUUGUGGUGUGCUGGAUGCCCUUUUAUGUGGUUCAGCUGGUGAACCUGCUGCUGCCCGGCCACCUGGAUGCCACGGUGAACAAUGCCUCUCUCAUCCUCAGCUACUCCAACAGCUGCGCCAACCCCAUCCUUUACGGCUUCCUCUCGGAGAACUUCAGGCACUCCUUCCACGGGGUGCUGCGGCGAUGCUGCGACGCCAGCUUCUGCUGCUGCUGCCACCCGGACCUGGGCGCCGCUGAGGAGGAAGAGGAGGAGGAGCCGCUAGAUUACUGUGCCGUCCCCAAGGGGGAGGAGACGAGCAAGGGCUGCAUGUGCCCAUCUUUGCAUUGCCAGCGGGAGCCGGUGCACCCUGAGCCCUGCUGUACUCCUGGCACCCUCCUUGCAAAGACCACCACCUUCUAGAUGGCCUGUGUCUUCCUCCUCUGCCUUCUGAAAGGGUGCUUCCUCCUGGCCCGGCCCCCGCCUUGGCAGGACCAGCAUCUUGCAAUGAGCACCAUUGCCCUGCCGCUGCAUCUCACCCUUCAGAAACAGACGAACGGGGUAAAGAAGCCUGCGUAAGUCCUCGGCGGGAGGGCCAGUUGCUUCUAGGUUGGCUCCUGCCUUUGGGCUGCGGCUGGGAUGGGGCUUGUAUGGGUGCUGGGUAAGCUGGGUGAAAGACCUGCACCUGCUUUUUUCUCUUUGGGUGCCUGGGCUUGUGUCUUGAUCGAUACCUUCUGUAGCCUGAGCAGUCCCUUGCCACUGAGACCGUGGGGACGGUGCUUGGAGUAAGGUGCCACUCAAGGUGGCAAAGGGGAAUGAGGAUUCUUUUAGCCCCUCCCAUCCCAGGCAUUUGCUCACAGAGCAGGAGUUCUCUGUUGGCCUUCUCUGACAUGGGCUGUUUCCUAUGAGGGGAGGGAUAGUUCAGUGGUUUGAGCAUUGGCCUGUUAAACCCAGGGUUGUGAGUUCAAAUGUUGAGGGGGCCAUUUAGGGGUCUGGAGCAAAAAUCUGUCAGUGACAAUACUUGGUCCAGCCUGUGACCUUUCCAGCUCUAUGAGAUAGGUAUAUUAUUAAAAAAUACAAAUAUAACUGAUUGCCAACAUUACUUUAAAAAUAUUUUUGAUUUACUUGGGGACUGGUCCUGUUUUGAGCAGGGGGUUGGACUAGAUGACCUCCUGAGGUCCCUUCCAGCCCUGAUAGUCUAUGAUUCUAUGUUUCUAUGAGCCUGGCUCAGCACAAGGGGCUAGGGAUAUGAUACAGGUUAAUGGUCAGCAUUGGGACCACAUCCUGCGCCUGAUGACUUCAGGACGAGUUUUUCUGCUGAUCUCGCUCAGCCCUUCUAAGGCCAGGCUGGUAAUUAAAAUGCAAGAAAGAGAGCGAGAGAAUGUAUUUUCUUUAAUCUUUUGUGACCAGUGUUCGGAAGGGGAUGCGCUAUCCUUAGCAAUUUAUGACUAGAUUUUCAGAAGAGCACAACUCCCAUUAAAAACAAAGGGGGCUGUGGGGUCCUUUUGAAAAUCCACCCAUUAACCUAAUAAAGUGUCUCUAAAGGGAAAACAGUACCCUAGUUUGCAGAAAGUACAAUGAGUGACAGUAACCUAACCCCAAAAUAUUGAUUUCAGGCUCAGCCUAGCUCCGAUGUAGUGAAUGAGAAUUUUGCCAUUGACAUGAGCAUAAACAGAAUCCAGACUUUUUAAAUGCUUGAGGUUCUUUUAGAUCCUUAGAAAGAGCAGUGGUGGGUAGGACUGAGCUGUAGUUGUGCCAUGAAUGAUCCGAUCUGUAAUUGUGUCAUGGAAAAAUAAAAAGCCAUCAUGUUGGCCUGUAACGCUGUUAUUAUUAUCCCUGAGUAUUACAUUAUGGGGAUGGUUUUGUUUUUUAAACAAACAGCCUUCACAGCAUACAAGAUCUUUAGGCAUAAAAAGUGGAAAGCUACAGUCUGAAAUGUAUCCUGGUGAAUCAGUAAUAAAUCCUAACCAUGAACCAACUCCAAAGGUUUGUAGUCAGGAGUUUUCCAUCCUCCAUGGAAUUCCUGCAUUUUAGGGGCUCAAAUGCACUUGUUCUCAUUUGGCUUUCCUUAAAAUUCUUGCCGUACCUAAAAACACUGUCUCCUGGAAGUCACUGAGCGUGACGUCCUGCCAUGUUCUUGAGAUGCCCGUUCAUACCCUUAGAGAUUGCUCCAACUGCUCCAGCGAUCACUGGAAUCAUCGUUGUCCGCGUUUCCCGUAAUCGUUCCACUUUGUGGCAUAGCUCUGCAUAGUACUUCACUGUCGUCUCGUCUUGUUUCCUUUUUAUGUUUCAGUCUGCUGGGAUGGCAACAUCCAUCAACAUGGUCCCAUUGAUCUUCUUUCCUACAACAACUCAUUACUGUUAAUUAUUAUCAUUACCAUAGCACCUAGUUAGAGACCAGGACUCUGUUGCACUAGAAACCCAGAACAAAAAGACGGUCUCAGAGCUCACAAUCUAAGUAGUCACAUGGACACUGGAGCCCACUUUAAUCCUCAUCACUCUCAGUUGACAAAGGAGUACAAGAAUUGGAGGUGGACAGGUUUAUCUGAGAUGCUUCCAAUUUGGGCCCCCACCAUGCCUGUGCUUACCGUUCUGCACUGCGAGUAGUCCCGUUGUCAGUCGAUGAGACAGCUCGUAGGGUGGAUAAACAGGUGCUUCUAUCUUUUCAAGAUCAGGACGUUGGGAGCCAUAGCGGUCCUGGGAAGAUUUAUGUAAGGGAUUCCAUCUGCUGGAUACGCCCUGUAAAAUGGCAUUAAGUGACUCCUGUCCUCUGGCUAACCACUGCACUAUCUUGGCAGCUCGUCAUGGGGCUGGUUCUCCUGGCUCUUCGCUUUGUGCAGUCCUUUCCACCAGUGUGAUGUGCCCCUAGCGUUCUGAUCCGGUUACAUGUCGCACCCAUUUUGCCUUCAUGUAAAGGACGGCACCAGAUGCAGGAGACUCAGGCCCCACAAACGCUUGCACAACAACCGCCGGUGCUGGUUUCCCAGAGCUGCUGAUCACUCUCUAACUGCAUCACUGCCAGUUGAGGUACAGGCAAAGGUUAUGUUCCCAAAGGACAACCCUGUGCUGCCCUUUUGACUUUGACAACUGUUACACUGUUCUUAAUUUUCAGUUGCACAUGAGGGAGGCAAAGGGAUCUUGGCCUGGGAGAGGUUCUUUAAUAACAUUUCAAUUAUGCUCAAGCAAUAAAAAGUACAAAGCUAA